AUGUUCCACAUGAACAUCAAGGACCUGGCAGGCGCGUGGAUCCACGACAUCAGCACGAGCACGCCCUACAACAGCCCCAACACCGACAGCCUGCACCUCACUCGGACAACUGACGUGCUCGUGGAAGACUACUCGUCGCACGGAGGUGAGUUGGUGUCGCACGGAGGUGAGCUGGUGUCGCACGGAGGUGAGCUGGUGUCGCACGGAGGUGAGCUGGUGUCGCACGGAGGUGAGCUGGUGUCGCACGGAGGCGAUGACAAUGUGUCGAUUGUGGGAGGAUGCAGGAACAUCACCAUUCGCAAUGUGGUCGCCACAGCAGGCCAUGGCAUCAGCAUCGGCAGUCUGGGCAUGGACGGCAGUCUGGCGUGUGUGUCGGACAUCCGGGUGCAGAACGUGCAGCUAGCAGCGCUCUCCAACGGGCUGCGCAUCAAAACCUACCAGGGCGGCCAGGGCGCCGUCUGGAACGUGCUCUAUGAAAACGUCACCAUGCAGGACGUGAAAUACCCCAUCAUUAUUGACCAGUACUACUGUGACAAGAGCGAUGCAAGCGCCACCACGUGUCUCAUCCAGCAAGACGCACUUGCCAUCUUCAACAUCACAUACCGCAACGUGCAGGGCACCACCAACGCCACGCGUGGAAUCACACUCAACUGCAGCGCCUCCGUGCCGUGCCAGCAGGUCCGCCUAGAUAACAUCAACAUUGAUUCGUCGUAUCCGGACGAGCACUCCAAGGCGACAAAAACGGGGACACCGACGCCCGAAGCCGCUGUUCUCACCACCUCCCUCCCUUACCCCGAACCGUCGCAGGCGCAAGGGAAGCCUGGUCUUUUCCAAGCCACCAACAACCCGUGCGCUCUCCAGACACGGCACGUCCUUCAUUCCUAG